AUGGGAUGUGGGGAUGCUAUAGCGGCAAAGGGUGCUGCUUAUUUCGGGCAGGGACCGCACUGGUAUCCAGUAUGGUUGGAUGAUAUCAACUGCAUUGGCAAUGAGCUCACACUCGCUGCCUGUGAGUCCAAACAAAUAGAAGAUUUCCAGUUGCAUUACAAGGAUGCUGGUGUUAUCUGUCAAUGCUGCUACAGCUUGUUUCUUAAUCUUUCAUCUGUCUGGCCAUUAGCUCUUGUUAAGCUGGUGAAUGGCACUAACUCUUGCUCUGGACGAGUUGAAGUUUUCUUUGAUGGCCAGUGGGGAACAGUGUGUGAUGAUGGCUGGGAUCAGUCAGAUGCUGCAGUGGUGUGCAGAGAGAUGGGCUGUGGGGAUGCUAUUGAGGCAAAGAGUGCUGCUUAUUUUGGACAAGGAUCUGGACUCGUAUGGCUAAGUGAUUUACAGUGUGCCAGUUACUCUACUCUGAGAAACUGUAAUUCAAAGGGAUGGGGGCAAAACAGCUGUGGACAUGAGAAGGAUGCUGGAGUUGCCUGUCAACUUAACAUCAGACUGGUGAAUGGCAUCUCCUCUUGUUCUGGACGAGUGGAGGUUUUUCGUGAUGGUCAGUGGGGAACCGUGUUUGAUGAUGGCUGGGAUCUAACAGAUGCUGCAGUGGUGUGUAGAGAGAUGGGAUGUGGAGAUGCUAUAGAGGCAAUAGGUGGUGCUUAUUUUGGACAAGGUGCAGGACAAAUAUUUAUGGGCAGUGUAAACUGUCUUGGAAAUGAGACCAUACUCAGUGCUUGUGAAUCACGUAGAAAAGGAAUGUAUGACCAUUCAAAGGAUGCUGGAGUCAUCUGUGACCCUUCUCUCAGGCUCGUUAAUGGACACAACUCUUGCUUUGGAAGAGUGGAGGUUCUUUAUAAUGGAAUAUGGGGAACAGUGUGUGAUAAUGGCUGGGAUCUAUCAGAUGCUGCAGCGGUGUGUAGAGAGAUGGGCUGUGGGGAUGUGAUCGAGGCGAAGAGCUCUGCUCAUUUCGGUCAGGGAUCAGGGCCUGUAUGGAUAAGUGAUUUACAAUGUUCUGACACUAACUCAAGACUAAGAGGUUGUCAAUCAAGUGGAUGGGGAAGAGGCACUUGUGGACAUGAGAAAGAUGCAGGAGUCAUCUGUAAGGAUAACGUUAGGCUGGUCAACAGCACCAACUCCUGUUAUGGACGAGUGGAGGUUCUUCGUGCCGGUCAGUGGGGAACAGUGUGUGAUGAUGGAUGGGAUGCAUCAGAUGCUGCAGUGGUGUGUAGACAACUGGGCUGUGGAACAGUUUUGGAAGUAAAGAAUGCGGCUUAUUUUGGAAAGGGUUCAGGACCAAUUUGGAUGAAUAAUAUAAACUGUUUUGGGAAUGAGGCUACAUUGAUGAGCUGUUCAUAUAAUGCAACUCCAAACAGAUGUGACCAUGAGAAAGAUGCCGGAGUCAUUUGUGGAUGUAAGUGCCAAUGCUUUCAUUUUAGUGAGUGAGGUAAUAUAGCAAUGUGUUUUCUUCAUGGAGACAUUGAUGACUUUUGAUUUGAUGAUUUUGGUACCAAAAAAUACCCAAAAUGCCCAUGAAAUGUCAUGCUCAAAUAUGCUGGUAACAUGUAGGCUUUAAAGAACAAUGGAUGCUCUUUAAAGCCUACAUCCACGUGAAAAAAAGUUUGUUAUACUGGUGCAUUUGAGCAAGAAAUCUAAUUUUUCACACUUUCUCACAUUCACUCAGCUGUUAAAGUCCUGUUGAGGGUUGAAGUGAAGGCUAACCUUGGAGUUGACCCAAACACUGCUGGAAUCAUAAAUAAACUUUCAGAAGAGGUAAGAGUAGUGGAACGAGUGACAUUAAGCUGUAUCUUUCACUACUUUUUGCUGUCAUCUACUGGCUGUUUGUGUUAUUAUUCUGUUCUCUGUAUUUACAUUCAUUUGAAUCUCAUAGAUUGGGAAGAAGCUACGAAUAAAUGGGACUUUCUCACUGAAAACUCAGACAGAUGGAAAUAUCUUCCAUAAGAGAAUAGGGGCUUCACCCUGAUGAAUUGGUCAUUUCUGGAAUACAGAGAAGAAAACAAGCUAACACUAUCUAAUAGGACAUUGAUUGCUUCAUCCUUCUUUCAGUCUGACCUUUGUAAAUGAAAUUAAUAAUUAUCUUACAUAUUUUUCCAUAUGACAAUGCUUUAUAUAAUAUCCUUGUAUUUUUUUUCCAAUGACGAUGUAAGCGUAAUAUUUGUGUUUAGAUACUGACAGUGUUUUGAUACUGAUAAAGUAUCUUUGUGUCACAU